AUGAUGAACGUGUGCUCUGUCAGUGACAUUGAUCCCAACACCAGGCAGCAGAUCUGCUCUCUUUCCAGGGUCACUACUUUCCCAGAUUCACACAGUGUUCUGUGAAUCCAUCUCCAUCACCCCACCCCUCCACCUGCUCCCCUGAGACAUAGACAUUGUCCUCUGCUAGAAGAACACUGAGCAUGUGGCAGCCCUACAUUCCUCAUUGUGUGUCCAAGCUCUCCCAUUGGCUCCAAACUGUGAGAAACUCCAACAAGCCCAAGACUCACACAUUCAUAUGGAGAUUUGGGAGUAUAAAUAGAGGAGAUGCAGCCAGUACAAAUCACACUCACUCUACACAGAGAGAUCUACAGCACAGAGACACAGCCAUGGCACCAACCAUCACUUCUGCAAUGACCAUCUCAAACGAGCACCUACCUCUAAACAACAAGCUGAGGAAGCCGAUGGUGGAGAAGAUGCGCAGAGAUCGUAUCAACAGCAGCAUUGAGCAGCUGAAGUCUCUCCUGGCUCCAGAGUUCCUCAACCAGCAGCCUGACUCCAAACUGGAGAAAGCAGAUAUCCUGGAGAUGACAGUCAGCUUAUUGAGACAACUGCAGCAGCAGCCUGCAUUAUCCUGCAGCUCAGCAGCUGUCAAUCAAGGCUUCUCCAGAUGUGUCAAUGAUGUUAUCCACUUCCUAUCCAAAGAAGAGUUGAAGACACAGAGAAAACUGCUGAACCACAUCCAGAACCUGCAGCCAUCUUCAGAUGAGAACAGGAGGGAAAGUGUCCUGCCUCAGCUGAGCUCUACAGAGCAGCAGAUCAUCAGCACAGAGAAGAGUUCAGUUAAGAGCUCCCUCUGGAGGCCCUGGUAAAGGGAAAAUCAAGACUCAAAGCAGAAAACACAAGUCUAUGUGGACUCUUUUUCUUUAAGUUUCAACUUCUAUAUGAACAGGAUUAUAACUGAGUUGUUAAAUAUAAACAUAUUAUUAUUGUCUUUUGGCAAUUCACUUAUACCUUUCUACUUUGAGAAAGAUUCUUAAUGAAAUGCUGGUAGACUCCAGUUAGUAGAAACGUCAAGAUUUGCAGUCUUGACAAUGCAUGUUUAUGUUAAACAUAAAUAAUACUGAUAAGUUCAUCUUCAUGAAACAUCCUUUUGCUUUUUCCAUUUUAGACAAAAAAAAACACUAUAUAUUGUUCUCUAUUAGAACUAUCAUUUGUAUUAUCUUUAUUAUUUGAUCUAUUUUGAUCAUAUUUGAUCAGAUUUGAUCACGUUUGCGAAUUAGUUGCCAAUUUUACUGUAAGAGACACGUACUAUGUACAUUCUGGUUAAAUACACUAUUUUUUUUCAUAUAGGGAACUAGAGAAUAUAUAAUCAUUAAUUGCCUUUUAUGAAGUUGAUCACAUUCUGAUUAAUACAGAAUUAUUAAGCUUUAAAUUUCCAUUUCUUUGAAAUGAGAUUUUAUUGUCUGUUUAUCAAUAUGUCACAUGUUGAUUAUUCAUCCUUAUUUCUCAUUGCACUUGAGAAUUUUUCAUGUUUUUACCUUAGCCAAGGUUUAUUUUGUACCUAUUGUAUGGUACUGUUGAUUAUGAACAAUACAUUUUGCCCUUGACAGUAUCUGUUGAGACUUUACAUUUAAUUCCCAUUUAUUUCUUUUGAGAAAUAUUAUAUUUGUCUUUAAAAGAUUUUAGCUGUUGGAAAAGUUUUGUGUGUCUUUUGUAAAGACAAACUGUUUAAACUCUGCUCUAUUAUGAGCACCAUGUGUGUUGAAUAAUUCUUCAAAUGACUGUUGUGAUAUAUUAUCACAUAUUAUAUUGUUUUAACACAAAAGUGCACUGGGAAUUUUUUUUUUUUAAAUGUCUAAAGUACUUUCUUAUGUGUUGUGAAUUUUGUGAUGUCAUGUCUAGUACACUAACUUGGAUGUUUUGAUGUCCUUCAUGGGUUAGAGUGUAAAACAACUCAGGAGAUAAGAAUCACAGUCUAUGGUCAUUAAUGUCCUAUAAUCCCCCAGCCAUUGAGUAUUUUGGUGCACACAGGGAUAAACUUUCCCACACAAUUUUAAUGAUAAAGUAUAAUUAUCAUAAUCAUGGACCUGUAACCUCAAGCAAUGUUUUUUAUAGACACUCACAAAGAAAAUAGGCAUUUUAGAUAAUGAUACAGAUACAGAAUACAACAGUUAUAAGAAUGUUAUUGACAAUUAUGAUAAGAAUAAUGAUGGCCAACACAAAGAUACAGUGGAUAUAAAAACACCUCUGUAAAAAAGUUUUUGUGAUGUAAAAAAAAAUUAAACCAAAUGAAAA